GACUAAAUCAAAUCACCUGCGAAGGCAUUACCUGCAUUCCUAUCUCAAAGAUGGCCGUGAAGUGCUAAAGAAUGCGUGCAAAGAGUAAAUAUCGAAACGAGCAUUGAAAUUACUGUUAGAGCCAGGAGAUGUGCACUUGUUUGUGAUCUGUCGACUUGAUAAAUCGGCGAAAAAUUCAUGAGUUCAAGAAACUCUUCAUAUUUGACGUUUGGAGGAUUUAACUAGGAUGGUUUUUAAUUGUGUUUAUGUGGAACGUAAUUAAGAACUUUGUUGACUGUUUUGUUUCUUUUUCUCGCUGUUGGAAUGUGCGUUUUUUAUAUUAAUGUCGGGAUGAAGUCGUGAUUUUAGUGGAACAUUUGUUUAAAUAAUGCAGAUAUGGACGGUGUCUAGUAAAGUGACCAUUGUGAGAACUUUUUUCUGCGGAAUAAGUACUUAUCUUCGAAAACAUUGUUGUGGGCUAAUAUGAUUUUCGAAAAAAAUUUCCAGCUUCGAACAUGUCGCACCGAGAUUUUACAGAGGUUGAACCAGAAGGAACCACUGAAUUACCAGCAGCCAAUAGAUCGUUGUUUCUUGAAAAGGUUCGCCAGUCAAACGCUGCGUGCCAGAACGGAGAUUUUGCAACAGCUGUUGCCCUCUACACCGACGCUCUCCAGCUAGACCCUACCAACCACAUUCUAUAUUCCAAUAGAUCAGCAGCAAAAUUAAAACAAGGCCUAUUUGCCCAAGCUCUGCAAGAUGCUAUCACUGCCAGAGAUUUAUGUCCAACGUGGCCAAAAGCAUAUUAUAGGCAAGGAGUCGCUUUACAAUGUCUUGGUAGGCAUGGCGAUGCUUUGGCAGCUUUUAGCCAAGGAUUGGCGCAGGAUCCUACGUCCCAACAACUUCUUUCCGGUUUAGUAGAGGCUUCUAUUAAAUCUCCACUUAGGCACAAUCUGGAGCCCACCUUGGAGCAGCUGGAGGUGAUGAAACUAGAUCAAAGUCCAUUUGUACUCAUUUCGGUGGUAGGACAAGAACUCUUGGCAGCUGGUUUAUACCAUUCGGCAGUAACUGUUUUGGAGUCAGCUCUAAGAAUCGGAUCAUGCUCACUAAAACUACGUGGUUCUGUAUUCAGCGCAUUAAGCUCAGCACAUUGGGCUUUGAAUCAACUGGAUCAGGCAAUAGGGUAUAUGCAGCAAGAUCUUGCAAUAGCAAAAAGCUUAGGUGAUACUUCUGGUGAGUGUAGGGCUCACGGAAACUUAGGUUCAGCGUAUUUCAGUCAGGGAUCCUAUAAGGAAGCUUUGACAGCUCAUAGAUAUCAGCUGGUACUAGCCAUGAAAUGCAAAGAUACACAAGCUGCGGCUGCUGCUUUAACAUCUUUAGGUCACGUUUAUACUGCUAUUGGAGAUUAUCCUAAUGCCUUAGCGUCCCACAAACAGUGUGUCCAGUUAGUAAAACAGAUGGGUGAUAAGUUGCAAGAAGCUAGAGAGAUAGGAAAUGUUGGGGCCGUGUAUUUAGCAAUGGGUGAUUUUGAUUCUGCUGUAGAUUGUCACACGCAGCAUUUGAGGAUUGCCAGGAGGUUAGGAAAUCAGGUUGAAGAAGCGCGAGCUUAUAGCAAUUUAGGUUCGAGUCACCAUUACAAAAGGAAUUUUACUCAGGCCAUAGUAUAUCACGAAAAAGUUUUAUACCUUGCUCAAGCUAUAGGAGAUAAAUCUGUAGAGGCAAGAGCUUAUGCGGGCUUGGGACAUGCUGCAAGAUGUGCUGGCGACUAUGUCCAAGCAAAACAAUGGCAUGAAAGACAGCUGGACGUGGCAUUAGCUACUAGAGACAAAAUCGGCGAAGGAAGAGCAUGCUCAAAUUUAGGAAUAGUAUACCAGUUACUAGGGGAAUAUGAUGCUGCCUUGAAGUUACACCAAGCUCAUCUGGCCAUGGCGAGAAAUCUUCAAGAUCGAGCUGGUAUGGGUCGGGCAUAUGGCAAUAUCGGAAACGCUUAUUCAGCUGCUGGCUUUUAUGAGUCUGCUAUUAAGUAUCACAAACAAGAACUGACUAUAAGUAAAGAAGUACAUGAUAGAAGCUCGGAAGCUAGUACGCAUGGAAAUUUAGCUGUUGCCUAUCAAGCUUUAGGCGCUCAUGACAUGGCACUACUCCAUUAUAGAGCACAUUUAGGAAUUGCAAGAGAUUUAAAAGAUGCAGCAGGUGAGGCUUGUGCCCUCCUGAAUUUAGCGAAUUGCUUAAGUUCUAGAUCUGAAUUUACUGAAGCCAUUCCAUAUUACGAACAGUAUUUAAUGAUAUCCCAAGAACUGUCAGAUGUUGAAGGAGAAGCCAAAGCAUGUCAUUUUUUAGGUUAUGCCCAUUACUGUAUAGGCCAUUAUAAAGAAGCGGUCCGGUAUUAUGACCAGGAUUUAGCCUUAGCCAAAGAUUUGCAAGAUAAAAUGAACAUGGGUCGAGCUUAUUGUAAUCUAGGAUUAGCUCAUUUAGCUCUUGGGCAACUUGAUACAUCGUUGGAAUGCCAGAAAUAUUUUCUAGCAAUAGCUCACAUGACAAAUAACUUAGCAGGCAAAUUUAGAGCCCUAGGCAACAUUGGGGAUGUGUUAAUAAAGCUAGAAGAGCCCGAAGAGGCCAUAAAGAUGUACCAUAGACAGUUAGCUUUAGCAAGAAGUAGUAGAGACAUCAGCAUGGAAGCAGCAGCUUGUGGAGCUCUGGGAAUAGCACAUAGAUUGAUUAAGAAAUUUGAUAAAGCAUUAGGUUAUCACACACAAGAGCUUACACUCAGACAAGAAAUAUCCGAUCUGCCUGGAGAAUGUAGGGCUCAUGGUCAUCUUGGUGCAGUCCAUAUGGCGUUAGGAAACUAUACACACGCUGUAAAAUGUUAUCAAGAACAGCUUGAAAGAGCACAAGAGUUGCAAGACUGUGCUGUAGAAGCACAAGCCUAUGGAAAUUUAGGAAUUGCUAGAUUGAAUAUGGGACAUUAUGAGGAUGCCAUCGGUAAUUUUGAGCAACAGUUAGCAACUUUGGAGCGGCUUAGUAGUCCUACAGCUCAGCUAGAUAAGGGAAGGGCAUUUGGAAGUUUGGGAGACUGUUACGAUGCGUUAGGUGAUCCAGAUGAAGCUGUUAAGUGCCAUGAACAGUAUCUAGCGAUUUCACUCAAACUAAAAAGUUCGAGGGAUCAAGAAAGAGCAUAUCGUGGACUAGGGCAAUCACAGCGUUCGUUAGGACACUUGCAACAAGCUUUGGUAUGUCUGGAAAAGAGAUUGGUUGUUUCUCAUGAACUAGGAAAUUUGGAAGCAAAGGCAGCUGCUUAUGGAGAGCUGGGACAGCUUCAUGCCACUUUGGGAAAUCUAGAACAAGCUGUUUCUUGUCAAGAACAACAAAGGAAUAUUGCAUUAGAACUAGAUGAUAAAGUAAUGGAGUCUGAUGCCAUAUGUGGAUUGGGAAUGGUGUGCUACCAAAUGGGAGAAUACUCUACAGCUUUAAGGUACCAUAUGAAUGAAUUAGAGAUCACAGAGCAACUAGAGAUGCCUAAUCUACAAUCUAGAGCAUGUGGAAACUUGGGUGCUGUCUAUGAAGCUUUGGGAAAACUGGAAGAGGCAGUAAGAUACCAGCAGCAACAUCUAUCUAUAGCGUCGACCACGAACGAUCAGCUGGCAAAAACAAUAGCGUACAGCUCUCUGGGAAGAGUCCAUCAACUUUUAGGAAAUAGCACACAAGCUGUUACAUACUUAACACAAGGGUUAGCUAUAGCUGAGUCUUUGGGUCGUAGAGAUGAAGAGGCCAAAAUAAGGAACAGGCUAGGUUUAGCACUAUGGACCAAUGGCGAUCUGGAAGGAGCUCAAAAGCAGUUAGAAAUAACUACACAUCUCUUGGAAAAUAUCAGAAGAGAAACGAAGAAUUCGCAAGACUACAAAUUGUCGCUGUUCGACCUACAGUCCUCUAGUUAUCAGGUUUUGCAACGAGUGUUAGUAUGUUUAAAUCGACAUGAAGAAGCUUUACUUAUGGCAGAGAGAGGUAGAAACAGAGCAUUCGUGGACUUGCUCCUAGAGCGGCAAGGACAUUCAGAUCUAAAAAUGAAAUCGAGAAAUAGCAGACUGGAAGAAUUUGGAAUGAACAAUUUGGACCAUAUUAAAGAUAUCGUUAACAGACAAAGAGCAUCUGUUUUGUAUUAUAGUAUUGCCGCUGGAUUUCUCUAUUCAUGGUUAAUCUUGCCAACAAAGGGUAUUGUGAAGUUUCACUUCGUUCCCCUAACAGAAACAACAGACAAUGCUGUUUGCGAACAUAUAGACCCAGUACCAUCUGGUACAGGUCUUUUGGAGAAACUAGUCAACUCAGUUAGAGAUAGUCUUGGAUUAGAAGCAUCUUCGUGUCCAACCAUCGCUGAGGACCACGUAGAGGAUACUCUUUCAGAAAGAACUGGUUUUCUGAGAAUGGUGAACCGCCAGCAUCUUCUGAACACCAGUAAUUAUUCCCUCAGCUCGUUGUUUUCCCUUGGUAGCGUGGGAGGAUCCGUUGCAUCUCUUCAAGGAAGUACCAGAUCCAGUGCAAGUACACAGGGGUCUACUAGGGUAGGUAUUCGACAGAACUGGAAGGGACCAAGUUGUUUGCACACGCUUUACACAAUGCUUCUUCAACCUUUUGAAGAAUUUCUAACAACCAAAGGUUCACCUCCUUCGAAAGAUGGCAGCAAUCGCAGAGAACUCAUCUUAGUAUUAGAGGGAGACUUGUAUCUUGUACCGUUUCCCCUACUUCGUUCAUCUAGUGAAACAUCUGAAUACCUAUGUGAACGAUUUUCCUUAUUUGUGGUUCCUAACUUAAGCACUCUAAGAUCGGGAAGAAUGAGGAAACAAGACGAAUCGGUUAGAAGCGUGGUGAUAGGCAAUCCGAGACUUCCGACAGCUGUAACAGAUCAUUGGGGAUGGAAAGAUAUACCUCAAUCAGAGCAAGAGGCAACAAUGGUGUCAGAAUUACUACAAACACAAGCUCUGGUUGGUUCUACGGCUACUAAAGAACAGGUUCUCAGCCAGAUUCAAGAGGCGGAAUGCAUUCAUUUUGCUACUCACGUUUCGUGGAAGCUUUCGUCUUUAGUUCUAAGUCCUGGGGAGGUGUUGGACCAAACACAAUCGAAGAGAUUAUAUUUGUCUGACAGCAACAUUGAAGAAGCUGAGCAUAAUGAGCUGUCGGUGUCCGCUGAAUUGCCUCCAAUUUCCGAGUUUCUUCUUAGUGCAGCUGAUAUCUUAUCUCUAAAACUCUCCGCAAGACUUGUAGUGAUUAGUUCUUCUCAUACAAGAGAACCGCAAGGUUGGGCAACAUCAGAUGGCUUAGUAGCUUUGGUGAGAUCAUUAUUAGCAGCUGGAGCUCAGUCUGUGCUUGUUUCUUUGUGGCCGGUUCCUGAUACAGCAACAAAAAUACUUCUAAGAGCUUUCUAUUCUGCUCUUCUUCAAGGUACCAGAGCCGCAAGAGCUUUAGCUGAAGCUAUGCAAACGGUCCAACACACCAAACACUUCGCUCAUCCAGCCAACUGGGCAGGUUUUGUCCUCAUUGGAUCCAAUGUAAGGCUGUCGAGUAAAGUAGCUUUGAUGGGUCAAGCUCUUUGUGAGCUGCUACAAUAUCCUGAAAAGUGUAGAGAUGCAUUACGAGUGACUCUUCAUUUGGUAGAGAAGAGUUUACAAAGAAUUCACAGAGGCCAGAAGAAUGCGAUGUACACCACGCAAAAAUCAAUAGAAAAUAAGGUUGGUUCAGUAGGCGGUUGGAAAGAGCUGCUGAUGUCGGUUGGAUUCAGAUUUGAGCCUGCUUCCAACGGUAUUCCUAGUAGUGUGUUCUUCCCACAGUCAGAUCUCGACGAAAGACUCACACAGUGUUCAGCUAGUCUUCAAGCUCUUUUAGGUUUGACGAGUACUUCCAUUCAUGCUUUGUCCAAAUUAACAUCAAACGCUGACGUUGCCGACGAUAUUAUUGCUGUAAUACAAGCUGCUUUAAGCCAGUUCUCAUCUAAAGGAGUUGAAAGUGAUAGUAUUGAUGUAGCACUACACGUAAGGUUAUGGAGAGUUCCAGGUUGUCACGAAUUAUUCGCUUCUCUAGGCUUCGAUUUAAUAGAUGUUGGUCAAGAUAAAGUCACUUUAAGAACAGGAAAACAGGCGAAUAGACGAAAUAUACAGUUUACUAUGCAAGCACUUCUAGCUCUAUUUGAUACACAAGAAGCUCCAAAAAGCCUGACAAUAGAUUCGUCUAGUAGUCUUGAGUCGCUGGCAUCAAUAGAUAACGAUUUUUCCCAUUCAGAUAAUGAGUUGGACGUUUGUACUUCAUCUACUCCAGCUGUCAAAUCGUUGCCUCGAGUACCACCACCAUUUGCUCGAACAGUUCUUCCAAGACGAUUGGGAGGCGCAUUUACUUCUUACGUGAGACGAAGAGGUGAACCGGAUGGAAGAACAGCAAAUCCCGGGGAUGGAAAGUCAACAUUAGAUGGUAAAGUUCGUAAAAAUAUGGCUCUCGCUCGGCCUGGUGGUGGGGAAUCGGAUGCUGCAUUUACACCCAGUCCACCAGUAGUUUUGCAGGUCCCACCCAUACCACCUCCACGAAUACAACCGUUAACAGAGCUUCCUAUGUACAACAAUCUUCCGAUUGGGAUGCUGGAAAACAGCUCAGACAGCGAGUUAGAAAAAAUGGAAGCUAAAUUCUUUACUACGACUCUAAAAAAUAAAAUUUCUUACAAGAAACCAAGAAAUCUACCCAGCGCUUUUGAUAGGUUAAGUGUGAGGUCAGAAGUGACGCCUGCGCAGGUGGUACAUCCGCCUCAGAAUCCCAAUAGGAAGCCCAUUACUCUGCCAAGUGAGGAAACUCUUCCUGCUAAUGAAAGACUGCUGUAUUUUUCGCCCACUGAGACGGAAACUGAAACUACUACCGCAGCUCUGAUUCCACAGGGCGACAAAGACGAGACUGACCAGGAUGUAAAUAAAAACGAGGGAAAGUCUGGAAGUUCUUCUUUAACAAUCCAUGACACCAUUUUGGCUACUCAAUUGAGGCAUAUCAACAGAGAAUUGACACCCACAAUCUCUGAAGUCUACCACGAGAGAAAUAUAGGCUUAGGCUUGGCUCCGCCGUUGUCAAAACUGUUACUAAAUCAACCGUCACAGGCUACCUUUAAGGCAGAAACAGCUGCCUUGGAGAAAAUUAAUUUAGCUAUAGUAGACGACGAGGAAGACCCCAACAACGAAUUAAAAUCAGUGGUUUGUCAGAGAUGUAAGUCAGAAAAAUGUCACUGUAAGUUAUCGAAGUCUCAUAAACCGUGGCUCUCGGAAAAUGCUAGUGCUCUCCAACAAAUCCGGAGUUCGGAUCUAACAACCGCUGAUAUCUUAGAGAGGGAAGUCAAGAAUAAGAAAAGCAUGUUAAGGUGCGAAAUCAAAGCAAAGGACGACGUAGAACCAAAGCGCCUAUCCCCUUUUUCGGAAAUGUCACGUAGAGACGAAGGUGAUGGUCGUAGCAUCGCGGAUUCCAAUUGUUCUAGUUAUAAAAAUCAGUUUUUAACAUACCAAUCCGCUGACAAGAAAGCCCCCAAACCAGCGACGAAGCUAAGGACGAUUUCUUUACACAGAAGAAAUUUGCCAAGUUGACGUUUGAUCGAAGAGACUGAAGAUUUAUUGCUGUAGCAUCAGAAUAGUGUAAUAUUUAAUACAGUGUGUACAAAAAGUAAAGUAAUUCAUAUUUUGAUAUCUAAAAGUCUAUAUAAAAUAUUUUAAAACAGUUUGAAUAUAUUAAAAUCGCUGUAUAAAUGAAUGAGAAUAUUAAAGCGAUAGUGAAUGUGGAUAUUUAUGAUUAGUUUUUACCGAUAACUUGAUUUAUUCUAAAAAUUUAUCAAAAAACCGAUGAUUAGAAUAUUCACGAGUUGAAUAAUUUUUUGUGCACACUAUAUUUGUGUUUUGUAUAUAUUUAUUUUUAUACAUAUUUAACGGGAUAUUUAGAAAUAUUUUAUAUUCUGUACAACGAAGAGAGCUUUAAUAAAUUCAGCCAUUUUAUAUUU